UGGUUAAACCUACAUAAAAAUGAAUAGUAUAUUUCAAGUGCCCUAUAUGCAUUAACAAAUUAGUUCAACUUUUAGUUCACACCUAACAAGAACACCGUGCCCCAGGCUGCGUGCAUGAGGUGUACAAUAUCGAGAGAUGCCACCCAGGAGGAUAAAACAAGCUAUAUUCCUAGUCGCGUCAGUUUCCUUCUACCUCACUACCAUCAAGCUGGCGGUAAGGAGGUUUGAGAAGGAACAUACCCAGAGGCACUCCAGCGAUGACGUUACCAAGUAUAUUAAAGUGAAAAGCCAGCACAGCCAUGUACGAGAGGUCACGCUAUCAUACAGCACCAGCAGGAAGUUACAAACUCAGCAACAAGAUUCAUCACAGGACACAUUUGGUCACCUGAUCGUGGAGGCUGCGCUCUCCUCGUCAGGAAUCACACUCUGGCUCAACGGAAAACAGGUAUACAAACUUGUCAACAAAACCCUUGAGCAAGGGAAGAAUCUUCGGCUCCAUGCUGGAGUGCAUAUGAUGACCCUGCACCAGAGGUCAGGUAAAGUGAUGAGGGCCACCACCUAUCUCACCUGGCAGCCAGAAAACAGCAGGCAGCUAAGCCAAGCCAUCACAGACGCCACGGAUGGCAGGCUUCUCCUCUUUCUCGCCACGGUGACGACCAAUCUCAUUUUGCAUUAUGUUAUAAAAAAUGCCACAAGGAGCUCGACUCGUGUACAGAAGAGUACUACCUGA